UAUGUUCGUACUUGUAUUGACUUGUAGUCUAAAAACAAAUCUUAUAUAAAUAAAAAUGUUGAAUGUGAAGAUCGUGGGAGUAUCCUUGAAAUGCAGCUUCAACACACCGGUCUCUGUGCAAGAAUUAAAACAAGAAAUUGAAAGAGAAACAAAUCUUUCACGUGAUCAAUAUUAUGUCCUGCACAAUGGUCGACUUGUACAGGAAGAUGAUAUCUGCUCGAAUGGCUAUGCAACUGUGGUUCCAAGACUGUUGGGUGGCAAAGGUGGUUUUGGAUCUAUGUUACGCGCGAUAGGUGCGCAGAUUGAGAAAACCACAAAUCGCGAAGCUUGCAGAGAUCUUAGCGGUCGCAGAUUGCGCGAUAUAAAUGAAGAAAAGAGGCUGAAAGCUUGGAUUGAUAAACAAGCCAAGAGAGAGAAAGAGGAAGUGGAACGUAAGAAAAAGAAGUUAGAAAAACUCUGCACCGAGCCAAAACAUGAAUUUAAAGAUCAGCGUUACGACCAGGAACGUGCGGAAUUGACUGAGAAAGUUGGAGAUGCCAUAGAAGAAGGGUUCAAAGCUGCGAGCACAUCGGGUAUCAAAAGGAAGCAGGAAGAGAACAAUAAACCCAAUAAACGCAAAACCAUGCUAGAUUUAGAAAUUGAUUCCGACGAAUUUGAGGAUUCUGAUAAUGAUGAUGAGGCGUUGCCUGUAGAAAGAAUUAAAGCAAAAGAACAGCAAGGAUCAAAUGGCAAUGGACAUUCCAAUAAUGAUACCGAAAAUAUCAUUGAAUACAUCAAGAUAAUAGGAAGCGGACAUUCCAUAUCAUCGAGCGAUAAUCAGAUACAUAACAAAAAAAGUAUUGAGUAAUGCUAUUUAUUAAAAUAAAUACUAAAUGUAUUAUUGAGUCCUGAAUGUAAAUGCAUAAAAAGUACAAAAAAAGAUUAUGUUAAUUAUACUUGCGUCACUUAGAGUAAUUGUUUCAUAUUAAGAUUGAUCUAUAUAAUAAUAAUUGCUUUAUUGUCGGAAAUGUAAGCGCAUAAUUUCAAAUAUCUAUUAAUUAUAAAUAUUAAAUUAUAAGUAUAAUAUUAUAAUUAUAAGUAUGAAAAAUUAUAACUUCUGAUACAAGAAAUUUUUAUGUAUCAUUUCUCGCUUAUAGUAUUACGAUUCUGAUAUGGUUGAGGCGACUUAACAAACAUGAAAUAAAUUACUGUAAAAGAAUUUCUUGUUAUACAUUGUAAUGUAUUAUUAUAUAAAUAUUGCAUUAAACAUAUAUUAUUUUAA